AUGGCGGGAAAUCUGAUUGGUGCUUCUCUUGAUGUUUGGAAAGCAACUUUUGCUCUCUACGAACAGGUGUUUCAGAAAUGCGCAGAACAGAAGAAAAAGGAAAAGGCUAAGGAAUUGUUGGAGUUGGAUAAGUGGUACCAAAAMGAGCUUCCAACUGUCAUUAUGAAAAGAAAAGACAAGUAUCUCAAUAAAGAUGAAUUAAUAAAACUGAUGCAGUGGAAACUAUCGCGAGGAAAAUUCAGACCUCGUUUAAUGGAAUUGAUUAAAUCAAAUACAGCAGAGAUUGUGAUUGACAACACAACACAAGGUUUCAAGUACUUACCAGAUGUAGAGAAAGCUGUUAAAAAGUUGUCAGAAUUGAAAGGAGUGGGUCCUGCAACUGCAUCUGCUAUUUUGUGUGCUGGUUGUCCAGAAGUCCCCUUUAUGGCAGAUGAGGCAAUGAUGGCACUACCUGUUGGCAAAUCAAAGCUUGAAUAUACCCCAAAAGCAUAUAAAAUGUUUCUUGAGCAGAUAAGGGGCACUUGUUUGUCAAGAUUACAAAGAAUUGAUCCCAAAGGACAGUGGAAUGAGCACAAAGUUGAACUUACCUUGUGGACAUUUGUUACUGCAUCCAAAUUAUUUCCAGAAAUUCUCCCAAAAAUUGGAAAGCAUAAAUCAGAGGAAAAUGAUUCUUCAGAUGAAGCUCCCCUAAAGAAGUCAAAAAGGGCUUAAAGUUAUCUGAUCUGUUAAAUUGUUUUCAUAAAUAUAGAUAUAACAAUAGUGCAAUGUUGGUCUUUGAUUUCAAUAAUUAAAAUAAAUCUGUAGUA